UCACUCGUUUCACAUCAACCGACUCUUUCUUGCUUGAGUGUCUUGAAUGUGACAUGGCGUCCAUCAAGAUAUAACACGGCCUUCUGUAAAACUGUUUUUAAUGACAGUAGUUUCCUUUUGAAUUUUAUUACUGAGGCCGCAAUAAAUCGUACAUUUGCAUUGAUGGUAAUGCAUGCAAGGAAACCUCAGCGAAUAAGUGAUGGGUACUUUGAGAAGCAUCAGUCCCAUCCGUAUCAGAAAUAUAAUUCAAAAAGUGAAAGAAGGGCAGCAAAUGAAUAUGUCUCUUCUGAAAGUCGAUACACUCCUCUUCGAUCCCCCAAUGGUAAUGUGUCAGCUCAUGGACUCAACACACACUCCAGUCAGUCGGGCCAUGGGCACCACCACUACAGUCACAUGGCCGAUGACAGAGGAUAUCCAACAUCCAGGAAUGCAUACCUACAAAAGGGUUCAGAGAAGGAGAGAGAUAGAGACUACAAAUCCUCUAGAAAUAAGUAUACAGAUAGUGUCAGAUCACCGAAGGAACGUUGCAAAGAUAGUGAAAGAGAGAGAAGUAAUCAUGAGCGAAAUGAACCUGACAAAAAAAGUAGGACUAGUGGCAUGAACAUUAGUGUUAGUAGGAGUAGUAAAUAUGACAAGAGAUGUGCGCCUUCAGCAAGCGUUUCUUCUGGCCGUGAAUGGUCAGAACAUAUUAGUUCAUCAGGGAAGAAGUAUUAUUAUAACUGUAUCAGUGAAGUGUCACAGUGGGAAAAGCCUAGAGAAUGGGACUCCAGGAGAACGUCAUCCAAAGAUUCUACAUAUUCAUCCAGAAGCAGUCGAGAUAAGAGAUCAAGUUCCCGAUCAGGGAGAAGAGAAACAGAAAAAUCUAGUAAAAGAACGAAUAGUGCUUCAGAAAGGUAUUGGAACAGUAGUAGAGAUGAAGAAGUGCACGACCGAACUAGACCAAAACAUUCAGCGACUCCGCAUGACGGGAAAGAUGGGCAUUCGUUACAAGAUAUGGACAUCUCGCCAGACAGGAGUACGCCACUUUCUGAAAAUUCCUAUGGAGGCAGAGAGACCAAUUCUACAGUACGCAAUCAUUCAGAGAACAACGCUGUUCCGCCUGUUGUUGUACUUGAUAACUCAAAUCAGCCGAGUGGGUCGUUACUUGCGGCAGCGCUACCGCGCAUCGUGGCAGCUCCGCCGCCGGUGACGAUACCUCCCGCCAACAAUGGCGCGGCCGCCUCGCCCAUCGGCGAAGGCACGGGUAGUGGCUCGGGCACCCCGCACAGAGACGCUGGUCCCCCCACACCUACACACUCGGAGAAUACAGACCCCCAUGCACCGCCACUACACUUAGAUACGGCGCUGCCGAGGAAAAUGGAGUGUCUGGGCAGUUAUUCACAAGUAGUAGGUGGCGCACUACAUCACGCACCUCCGAUGCUGACGCCUUCGCUCGUCAACUAUGUUCGUGUAGACCUGACAUCACAUGUUACAGGAUGGCCUGCUGACAUUCUUGAAAAACAGUGCCAGGCUAAUAAGUUCACGGAAGAAGCAUAUCAGUUGGGAUGCCUGCAGUGUACGCGGGUGUCAGCUGAACUUAAGUGUUCCCGGUCACUUGUCCGCCAUACGGAGAUACGGGCCACUUUACAGGAACAAAAAAUAAUGUACCUGCGCCAGCAAAUUUCCCGGCUAGAGGAGCUCAAGUCGCAGAACUCGUUCAUGUCGGAGGACUAGGGUUCGUGGCGGGGACGCUGCGUUCCCCCGCCACCCUCCUCGCGUAGCCACCGCAUCCGCGCGCUGCAUUUCCCGCCCCCUCGGGGGAACUUUCACAUGUCAAUGCUAAACAUUGUUCAUUCCGUUCAUUUUCUAUGUAAUUUAGAUCGAAUGAUUACUCUUGUGUUGUGUGAUUUGAUGUUAAAUUUAAGCAUGAGAUUUGCCAGGGUUGGUCAAUUUGAAUUUCACGUCAUUUGGAGUUUAAAAUCAAGGUAAAAUUUUCUUCGGCUUCAAUCCCAAUUUUGUCAAGAUGUGAAUUAAUCAAUAUAAUUAUGUAAAACGAAUAAAAGUAUGUUUCAAUGAAACACUUUUUAUUUAGGUAGGUUAAGUAGGUACGACCGAUUAUUCCCGACAGUUUACAACUCUCUUGACCAUCGAGAGUGACAGUCCCGUUUGCUCAUUACUGUUGGCCAGCAGAACUUCAUUUCUCUGACCCUUUUUAGAGUAAAAACCAAUUAACUGAAAUAACACAGAAGCUUAAUUUUAAUCUCGAAACUUCCUAAUAUAUCAUUGGGAAUAAUCGGGUACGUCUGAAACCGGCGCAGCGCAUGUCACAAACAACCGCAUAUAGGUAUUUAAGCAACAAAAUUUUAGACAUUGAUGUAUUCUAUUAUCUGUUGAUGUAACUAGAUUAUCACACAAUAUAAGGUACAGUCGAAGCUACUCCAACGGUAAUAAUUUAAUCUAAACAGGCGCUUGCAUUAUCCUCGUAAGAUCAGAUACUCUAGAAGGAUCAUGUUGAUUAAGUCAUUCCAAUACCUAACUUCCAGCUUUAUAUAUCAAUUUAUUCUUUAACUGUAGCCUUUUUCUUUUGAUAGCUUAAUGGUAAAAUUUUGUUUAGUUAAUAGAUUAAAAAAAAGAAAUUUGGAUCUUAUUACUGGUUUGUAUAAUUAAAUGAUGAUGAUGAUGAUGAUGACGAUUUAACAAUUUUGAUUGAAUAUAAUGUAAUAGCAACAUUCGUUAAAUCUCUCGCCAAAUCUCGGUAUUUAUAUUAUUUACUUGUAACUUGUAGGUUUAAAAUCUGUAUGUAUAUACACUUGAAAAAUUCAACUAUCCCUUUAAAUGCAAUUCUGAUUCUAAUCAAAUAUGUUUCAGUAGCCUCGAUGGGUGUUACGAGGUUAAACAGUGUGUUUAUGUGAUUAGUCGUUACCUCUGAGGAGUAGCUUACUGUGCCGGUUUCUAAUGUGUUUACUGUAAUUGCAUGUUUUGAAGCAUGAUUUCUAGUUUAUUAUGUAAUUAAUACGUCGCAUAUAGUGACUAUUGGCGAUAUUGUAUCGGUCUUUUUGCAUAUGUCUGCUGCAGGAAAACUUGUCUAUGCUGAUUCAAUUCUGACCAAUCGUAAUACAAAGUUAAAGAACCAAUUAAUAUUUUUAUUGUUAAAAAUAAAGUAAAAUUUAGUAAUCCGUACAGAUGUUGGUAUGAUUGAAAGAACUCUUAAAUAGAAAAGAUGUUUAUAGAGUUAUAACCAUGCAAGCUUUUAUUAAAAUUGCAACACACAGAGAAGUGAAGGGAAACCAAUUUGUUCACUUACAUGAGUAACUUAGUGAAUCAUUAGUUAGGUAAAACAAACUCCGGUCUAGGUCUUUUUAUUUUUCUAAUAAUUAUAGGGCUAAUAUAUAUUUACUGAACAGCUGAAAAUAAAUCACCAAUGUAACUAUUAAUAAAUAAAUCAAAAUAAUGAAGAAGAAAAUACUGUGAUAAUAAUUCACUCUCACAUGUUAUAAUAGUGGAUCAUAAAAUUUACAUAUACAUGAUUAUUUCCAAAUAGUAACCUUAUAUCUUCAACUCUGUUGACAAACGUGAAGUUAUGUUACAGGCUAUUAGUGAGGACCAACCUCAAAACUUUCCACAGUUGUAAUAAUACUGCCUGUUGCUCAAGACAAGAUGUAGACAAGUAAAUGUCAAUAAGAUAUUAUUUGUUAUUUUAAUGGCGCAAAA